AUGACAAUCCAGCUGGUGAUAGCCAAGGAGUGGGCCGUGCUCGUGAAAGAAGUCGCGCUAAAGCGGUCGGCGGAUCCAAACUCCGACUUUCUUUCUUCGAGGCAGUCGCCGCCCAGCACAACCAGACAAGGAGCUCGACAACUCCCCAUCCCGCCCUUGAACCUCUCCUUCACCCCUUCCCCCCCCCCUCUUCACGGCCCUUACCCGUCUUAUCACGCGCCUGCCCCUCCUCUCGCCGCUGGCGCCUGUUGCGUUCUUGCUUGCCACUCACGCGCAAGCAUGGCGGACCUCUACCGCGAGCACGACGCCUAUGGCAUUGAAGACGACAGCGACUACAGCGAGGAUGACGACGCAGUUGCGCCAGAGGACUGCUGGGCGGUUAUCAGCUCCUUCUUCGACACCAAGGGCCUGGUGUCCCAGCAGCUUGACUCGUACGACGAAUUCACGCGCAACACGAUACAAGACAUUGUCAAGGAGAACGGCAGCGUGAUACUGGAGCAGAACACGCCUUAUGACCCGAAUGAGGACGAGAACCCCAUCAUCAAGCGCCGUUACGAAAUUACAUUUGGCCGUGUCUAUCUGGCGCGGCCGACGCACACCGAAGGCGAUGGCACCACGGUGCAGCUGUACCCGCAUGAGGCGCGUCUGCGGAAUCUCACCUACUCUGGCGCCAUGUUGGCAGACAUUUCAAACCGCAUCAUGGUUGCGCGCGAGCACAACGCCAUGGUCGAGGGCGAGGACGAUGACCUGGACGGCGGCUACACGGCAGGCGGCGCGACACAGAUCCGGUGGGAGCGCGAAGACAUGCCCGGUGAAGAAGAGGCUGCUGCCCGCGUCUUCAUAGGCAAACUACCUGUCAUGUUGCGGUCUGAACUUUGUCAUCUGCGGAAUCAGUCGGACGCAGAUCUCUUUGCUCUUAACGAAUGCCCCUAUGAUCAGGGCGGCUACUUCGUUAUCAACGGCAGUGAAAAGGUCCUGAUCGCGCAGGAGCGCAGUGCCGCCAACAUCGUUCAGGUCUUCCGAAAGAAGCAAGGCCCCAUUCCGUGGAUUGCUGAGAUCCGUAGUGCCGUCGAAAAGGGCACCCGUUUAAUCUCCUCGUUCACCAUUAAAUGGGCCGAAAAUUCGCUCGCGGGUGGAAAGCGUGUACCUGGACCUUUCGCCUACGCCACCCUCCCGUAUGUCAAGAGCGAGAUUCCCAUGGCUAUCGUCUUCCGAGCGCUCGGCAUAGUGUCCGAUGAAGAAAUUCUAUCGCACAUCGUAUAUGACCGUACUGACACACAGAUGCUGGAGCUAUUGAAGCCCAGUAUCGAAGAGGGUUCAGUGGUGCAGGACAGGGAAAGUGCCCUGGACUUUAUUGCCCGCCGCGGCGCCCAGCAAGCCACCAAGGACAGACGUCUCAAGUUUGCGAGGGACAUUAUGCAGCGCGAGUUCCUGCCUCACAUUUCACAAAAGGAAGGCCAAGAUACGAGGAAGGCGUACUUCUUUGGCUACAUGAUUCACCGCCUGUUGCAAUGUGUGCUUGGUCGCCGUGACGAGGACGACCGUGAUCAUUUUGGAAAGAAGCGAUUGGAUCUCGCGGGACCAUUGAUUGCAAAUCUCUUCCGUAUCUUGUUCCUCAAGCUGACCAAGGAUGUCUUCAAAUACCUACAGCGGUGCGUUGAGAGCAACCAGGACUUCAAUGUUCAGAUGGCUGUCAAAGCCAGCAUCAUUACAAACGGACUGAAGUACUCGCUAGCCACAGGAAACUGGGGUGACCAGAAGAAGGCAGCUUCGGCGAAAGCUGGUGUAUCACAGGUGCUGAACCGAUACACGUAUGCCUCUACCCUCUCUCAUCUUCGUCGAACAAACACUCCGGUUGGUAGAGAUGGCAAGUUGGCAAAGCCGCGUCAGCUGCACAACUCUCACUGGGGUCUUGUGUGUCCGGCUGAGACCCCUGAGGGCCAGGCUUGUGGUUUGGUCAAGAACUUGUCCCUGAUGUGCUACGUCAGUGUCGGCAGCGACGCAUCGCCUAUCAUCGACUUCAUGACACAAAGAAACAUGCAGCUUCUCGAAGAGUACGAUCAAAACCAAAGUCCGGAUGCUACCAAGAUCUUUGUAAAUGGUGUCUGGGUCGGCGUACAUUCGAAUCCUCAUCAGCUUGUGUCGGUGGUGCAAGAACUCCGGAGGAACGGUACCCUGUCCUACGAAAUGAGUCUGAUUCGAGACAUCCGUGACCGUGAAUUCAAGAUCUUUACGGAUGCUGGUCGGGUCAUGCGGCCGUUAUUCGUUAUUGAAAAUGACAUUCGAAAGCCAAAUCGUCAUCAGCUUAUCUUUACCAAGGAGAUUAGUAGAAAGCUCACGUACGAACAAGAGACACAGGACCAACGUCAAGGCUGGAGUGAAGAAGAUAUUGCAGCUGCGACAUACGGCUGGAAGGGACUUAUUCAGGAUGGUGUUAUCGAGUACUUGGAUGCAGAGGAGGAAGAGACCGCUAUGAUCACCUUCUCACCUGAAGACCUGGAUGCAUGGCGGGAUAUGAAGACAGGUCGUGCACCUGAUGAGAGACGUCUGAAGGAUCCUAAAUUCCGUCUCAGUAGCAUCAAGCCGAAACCGGAUACGCGCGUCCACGCUUACACGCAUUGCGAAAUUCAUCCAGCCAUGAUAUUGGGUAUUUGUGCCAGUAUCAUUCCGUUCCCGGAUCAUAACCAGUCGCCUCGUAACACAUAUCAGUCUGCUAUGGGUAAGCAGGCCAUGGGUGUCGCCCUUACUAAUUAUGCGCUACGAAUGGAGACUAUGAUGAAUGUAUUGUACUACCCGCAAAAGCCUCUGGCAACCACUCGAUCGAUGGAGUACCUCAAAUUCCGUGAGCUCCCGGCUGGUCAGAACGCCAUUGUCGCCAUCGCUACCUAUGGUGGCUACAAUCAGGAGGAUUCCGUCAUCAUGAAUCAGAGCAGCAUCGAUCGAGGUCUGUUCAGAAGUUUGUUCUAUCGUGCCUACACAGAGCAGGAGAAGCGCAUUGGUGUCAACGUCCUAGAACAAUUCGAGAAGCCGACUCGCGCUGAUACCCUCCGUCUCAAGGGUGGAACCUAUGACAAGCUCGACGACGAUGGUGUCGUCGCCCCCGGUGUCCGUGUUUCUGGAGACGAUAUCAUCAUCGGUAAGACUGCGCCUAUUGCAACGGACGCGCAAGAACUCGGCCAAAAGACCACGCUCCACACCAAGCGUGACGUCUCUACCCCCCUGCGUAGCACCGAAAACGGUAUUGUCGAUCAAGUUCUCUUCACCACCAACACUGAAGGCCUCCGUUUCGUCAAGGUCCGCACCCGAACCACCAAAGUGCCACAAAUUGGCGAUAAAUUCGCUUCUCGCCACGGUCAAAAGGGUACAAUCGGUAUCACAUACCGUCAAGAAGACAUGCCCUUCUCUCGAGAGGGUCUUACGCCAGAUCUCAUCAUCAACCCACACGCCAUUCCCUCUCGUAUGACAAUUGCCCAUUUGGUCGAGUGCCUACUUUCCAAGGUCGGAGCCAUAGAAGGCCGCGAGGGAGAUGCCACACCCUUCACCGACAUCACCGUUGACCAGAUCUCGGAGAUAUUAGAAUCCAAAGGCUACCAGAAGCGCGGGUUCGAAAUCAUGUACAACGGACACACGGGCAAGAAGAUGCGCACGCAAAUUUUCUUGGGGCCCACGUAUUACCAGCGUUUGAGGCACAUGGUCGACGACAAGAUUCACGCCCGUGCCAGAGGGCCGUUGCAGAUUCUCACAAGGCAACCAGUGGAAGGUCGUGCGAGAGAUGGUGGGCUGCGCUUCGGGGAAAUGGAGCGCGAUUGUAUGAUUGCGCAUGGUGCAGCUGCUUUCCUCAAGGAGCGCUUGUUCACGGUAUCGGACGCGUAUACUGUGCACGUCUGUGAUAUCUGUGGACUUAUGAGUCCUAUUGCACAGCUCAAAAAAGGCCAGUACGAAUGCCGCCCCUGCCAGAACAAGACCCGCAUCUCACAAAUCCACAUUCCUUAUGCCGCCAAACUCUUGUUUCAGGAGCUCCUCGCGAUGAAUAUUGCUACACGCAUGUUUACGGAUCGCUCGGGCCUUAGUGUCAGGGAUUGA